AAAGUCAAGAGCGAUUGCCUAACCUGCAUGUAAAAGCGGGUUGAAUUUUCGCGUCCGAAGUCAGUUCGAAAUCAAAAUUUUAAAACGGACUCAUAAACACGACUUAUUUCAUAUGCAUUUUAAAAAAAUUGAACUAGAGCCUGCGAUCAUGUGAAAAGUAGCAACUUGUCAGCGGACACCUUCCAAAAAAUACUCAAACUCAGUGGGUCGAUACCUGAGUCCGCAAUACGGUCAGGCGAUACUGGUCAGCAGAAACACUAUUUUGACAGCUGUCAAUUAAUCAAAACAUGGAUAUACAAUAUCAGGUUGCAGGCUCUCAAAUUAGCAAAGAAAGUGUGAGGUUAAACAUUGGUAUGACUGUGGCGCGGACGGUCGGGUGGUCGGUGUAAGGUCACGUGAUUGCCGAAUUUUGUAGGAUGGAUAGAUUUUCUAACCUCUGGGGCUUCGGAUUGAGCACGUGAUCAAAUAAGAUAUCAGCGCAAAACUUUAAACACUACGUGAAGUCAAUGGAUAGAAAAAUGAGCCCGCGAUACACUCAGGUGAUGAUGGUCAGCGCAUACUCUAGUUUGACAGCUGUCAAUUAACCUUAAUUAGAUUGGCGAAUAUUCGAAUUAACAGACUACGAGUGUGAGUAAGGCAUAUCCGUCCGGCUUGUAGUAGAAAAUGCCAGAUCGUUUACCUCAGCGAACCUGAGCCCACGUUAUUAGUUUUCUGAUACUGGUCUGCACAUGUCCUGUUUUGACAGCUGUCAAUUGACCUUAAUUUGGCUUCCCAAUAUAACUUUAAACGACUGUCAGCCAACUGACAGCCUUGCCCGGCGUAGUUUCGUUUUUAUGUUGAAUUGGCAAGUGUGACAUAUUAUAACAGCUUAUAUGUAGGGGCAAAACGACUGGUCUUUCAUCUGAGCCCGCGACAUAGUCAUGUGAUAAUUGUCAGCGGAUGUCUGAUUUUGACAGCUGUCAAUCUAAUCGUACUCAUACGGAUGGCUUACAUAACUGAAAGGCUAGUCAAGUUGUGCAAGAUCUAUUGUGACAUUUGACAUCGGCUUAAAUGAAGUGUGUGUACGGGUGGGCGUACGCUACGUCAUAACCAAAUUUUCUGGGAUGGAUAGUUUACCAAAUUUUCUUACCCAUGGUGCUCCGCUGCGCGCGCGCUUCGCGCGCGUGGGAGCUCCGCUAAUAAUAAUAAUAAUAAUGAUAAUAAUAAAACAGUGAUGUGUUAAUAUUUUCGCCGACCAAUGAAAAGAUACCUAUAUACAAGCAGCUGCUACAGUCAGAGAGACUGAAUAAUUGUUGCAUAAAUUCCUCUAACGGCUUUGCGUGGAAUGUUUUUUGGCCAGGACUCGAGCCAAGACUCUACUUAGGACUUUUCAAGGCACAAAAUGAAAAUAAUAUGAUAAACAAAUAAUCAAAAGUAAAAUAAAAGUAACAAAAGGACUACUAACGUUACUUGUAACCUCUUUACCCUAACCCCAACCCUAACAUUAACCCCGGUAACCUAACCCUAAUUCAAGCUUACCUUCCAUGACUGUCCCAAAAACCCUCCUCGUAUUGGUCAUGUGACUUGCAGGAGGUGAAAAUGGUGGGAAAGCGAAAAAUUGUCUAGUCCUUGCUCGAGUCUCAUCCUCGUUUUUCGCUAUGAUCAGAUAAGGAUUUAUAAAUUCUACACAGAAUCGAAAAAGGUCAUUCUUGAAAACUGCCAAUCAUCAUAGAGAGGGAAUAUAUACCUUUUUCGAAAAAGAUUUUUGACAGAUUGCCGAGGUAGUCUAGUGGAGAGGAGCACUGCUUAGCAGGACUGAGGUUCCGAGACUCUGGCCCCCUGUGCCAGGUUUUUUCUUAGUCGUUUUGUUGUCUUUUUUUCUCUUUUUUACCUGUGUGGUGCAUCCAGCCAGUAACAUAAUGUAGUAAAUUGAAAGCAAUACAUGAACAUAAACAAUUCCGUAUGUAUCGCAGAGUAUUUACUGUUAGAUUUUAUACUGGACACUGGUAUCAUUCAAGGCCCAGUUCAACGUCGAAUUUUACAUGUGCCGAAUUUAAUUCGAGAGUCAACUGCAUGUGAGAAUGGAAAUGCUUUGAUCCGCAACUAAAACAAACAAUUACCCAAUCACGGUGCUUAUUUGGAGUCAAGUGACGCAAGGCUUGUUUUCAUGAAGUUAUGUAUUGACAGUCAAGAGUCAAGAGUAGUGAAGGGCAGUAUACACGAUGAAAAAAAAAUCAGAUAUGAGCACAGGUGGCCCAAGCUCGAAAUAUGACCAUCGGCACUGUUGCGUAAAUCUCAAAAUAUAAGGAUCUGUAUGGGAGAAAAAAACAAUUGUUUCUGUAGCCUACGAAUGUAAAAGGAUUUUAAAAAAAUCGUCUAACCUUGCUUAAUUAUAAGUUGUGUGUGUCUUCUUUCCUGUGUUGUUUCCGAGCUGAUUUAUGGCUAUUUAAUGGGUGUUAUUGGAACCCGUUUGCUCUCUCUGUUCCAAUAACAAGCCUGAAUUUCAUCCGAUUACUUCGAGUCGUUAUUACUCCCUCAGUAACGUCUAAAUCGACCGGCCGUUAAUGCCGUCCAGUGACGUCACUACUCCUUGACCUUUGCAAAAAGAAAAACACGAUUUUCAAGUGGCAAACCGAGAAAUAUCGUUUGGAAGUGUCUGCAUGAUUUAGAAUUGCUUUAUUUUUUUCGAUCGUAAUUCACGUUUAACGUUCAAACUAGUACUGAAUUCUAUAAUCAAACUCGGUCGCAAUCACGGAAUGGAAUAAACGCACACACGGAACACUUAGUUCAAAAACACAAUGAUUUGGUUUAAUUGAAAAGAAGCUGUUUGGUCCUUGACGAAGGGGAAAAACAAGGAAACAAGAAAGAAAAGCUAACAGAAUCAUUACACUUGACGGUGAAAAUAGCAAGAAUGUCGAAUUAUAACAUUGAUCUCAGAAAACUUUGCGUAAACAAAAUCACCGUAGCCGCCGAAACCACAAAGCGGCUCUAAAUGAAAAACCUACUGAUUCUCCGCAAUGAUUCUUCAUUCGCAGUUCAAUUUAGUAUAUCAGUUUCGAAGACAAGGGCAAAUUUUGCUGUUUAAGAUAAAGAUUAAGCUUAUCGAAAUGUUUGAACUACUUAAAAGAAUGCCAGGGAUGCGAUCCGCUAAAUAUCAAGCGACAAUCGCGCUAAAAUUUUUCACAGUUAUACAGAAUUAUGCAAACAUUUAGACAAUCAACCAAUCAAAAUCACUCCCUGGUUUUCGGGUAGUGAGUGACGUCACUGGACGGCAUUAACGGCCGGUCAAUUCAGACUUUACUGAGGGAGUAAUAACGACUCGAAGUAACCGGAUGAAAUUCAGGCUACCAAUAACACCCAUUAAAUGGCCAUAAAUCAGUUCGGAAACCACACAGGAAAGAAGUAUGAGGGGUGAUCUCCGCAAAUAUUCUCUUUCAAAUGCCAUUAUGACGAACCUGCAAUUUCCGGUUCCAUCAUCAGAACCGAAAUUAGACCAACAGAACAGAAAUUGAGAAGUCAGAACCGAAAUUGAACUAACAGAACCGAAAUUACGAAGUUAGAACCGAAAUUGAACCAACAGAACCGAAAUUAACAAGUCAGAACCGAAAUUGAACUAAUAGAACAGAAAUUACAAAGCCAGAACAACAGAAAUUGAACUAACAGAACAGAAAUCAAGAAGUUAGAAGAGAAAUUAACAAGUCAGAACCGAAACAGAAAUUAAAUAUUAACAUAACCGUCAAUUUCUGUUCUAAAUGGGACUGGGGCCGUGACGAAAGUGCUGACCGAGUGAAGCCCGGGGAAAACCACUUUAAAAUAUUUCAAUUUAUGAUUAUUAACCUCCGCCGUAUAUUUGCAUUCCAACAUGGCCGCCAAUGAGAGUGUGUUUCUUAGAAGUAUUGGAGAUGUUGUUGGGGAAGUAUUGAGAGAUCUGCGGGCUUCAGUUUCUAAAAGAGCAUUUAUCGCCUUGACUGGCCGCUAGAUGGUCAUCGUGGCAGACUUAGCUACCAGAUUAUGAAGCGGUAUCGGGGUCAAAAAUAACUCGAUGUCUAUUUUCUGUGUCGUCUUGUCUCCCUGUGGCUUUGUCUUGUCUAUUUCGGGGAUAUCCUAAAAUAUCGACUGGACCCUGGACUGGACUUUGGAUUUGGAAAAAAAAUUACAGGGUGUCCAGUUCCUUUUUUUUCCUAUUUUUAAACUUAAACCUCCUAUUUUUUAGCUGGUGAAGCCAAAAUUUGUAACAAAAUUGGAAAUGGAAUUAUAGUUGUAUGUGUUUUAGAGUGAGACAUAUCAUAAAGCGAGUAGUAUGUUGACGUUGAUAUUCUAAUAUUAGCAAAACUAAUAGUUAAAUUAAAUGUUGUUCUUUCCAUGACCUCUAUCACCUAUUAGAGUUCUGUUAACAACUUUGUUAUAUUGUUACUUUUUGUAUAAUUUUCUAGCACACCUACAUGUAUUGUAUGAAGUGUUAUAGUUCUCAUGACUAUUGAAUAAUGUUGUGCAGGACUAGGACUUUUUAGUCCUAGUCCUAUAUCCUUCAAUGACAACGUAAUCGUAAGAAAUUUCACUCUUCGAAGCUUUUCAAACAUUUGCUGCCAACUUGAAACUUUCGUUUGCGGGGAGGGGGAGGAGGGGGGUGAGGUUAGGUUAGGGGAGUGAGGUUAAAUGAUUUUUAGAUUUGUCUAUGUCCGGCCCUCAUGCGUGUCCGACCAUAAAAACAUUAUUUCUCUUUCUUUUUCAACAAAAUUUUAAAAGGUGGCGGGAGGAGGGUGAUUCCGGAGUAAUCUUUUUUCCAGAAUCCAAAGUGCAGUCCAGGGUCCAGUCGAUAUUUUAGGAUAUCCCCGAAAUAGACAAGACGACACAACAAGUAGACAAGACGACAUAGAAAAUAGACAUCGAGUUAUUUUUGACCCCGAUACCGCUUCAUAAUCCGGUAGCUAAGUCUGCCACGAUGACCAUCUUGCAGCCAGUCAAGGCGAUAAAUGCUCUUUUAGAAACCGAAGCCCGCAGAUCUCUCAAUACUUCUCUAACAACAUCUCUAAUACGAUCUAAGAAACUCACUCUCAUUGGCGGGUAAUAAUCAUAAAUUAAAAUAUUUUAAAGUGGUUUUCCCCGGGCUUCACUCGGUCAGCGCUUUCGUCACUGCCCCAGUCCCAUUUAGAACAGAAAUUGACGGUUAUGUUAAUUUCUGUUCUGUUAGUUCAAUUUAGGUUCUGACUUGUUAAUUUCUGUUCUAACUUCUUGAUUUCUGUUAUGUUGGUUCAAUUUCUGUUCUGACUUUGUAAUUUCUGUUCUAUUAGUUCAAUUUCGGUUCUGACUUGUUAAUUUCGGUUCUAACUUCGUAAUUUAUGUUCUGUUAGUUCAAUUUCGGUUCUGACUUCUCAAUUUCUGUUCUGUUGGUCUAAUGUCGGUUCUGAUGAUGGAACCGGAAAUGACAGGUUCGUCAUAAUGGAAUUUGAAACAGAAUAUUGGCGGAGAUAAUCCCUCAUAAAGAAGAAACACACAACUUAAGCAAGGUUAGCUGAUUUGCCGUAUACCAGAAGUGUGGCCCAUCUCCACAAUGCACAUGAAAAAGCUAGAAUUUCUCGAGAACUUCCAGAGGAUUUUUUGAAGACCUGAAUAACAAGGAUUAUACUACUACAAGAGAUAUCUCUGCAAUUUGAUUGGCUUAGAACAGUGGCAUUUCAGCUUAAUUUGAAAUGUAUGUGAAAAUUACAAACCUUUUGCGGGUAGUAGUAUAAACAAAAAAUAGCUUGAUUGGUACAUGAUAUUUGGCAUAAAUACCACUGGUGAUAUUUCAAAAUUCUCUCCAAUUUCACUCGCCAAACCGCUCGUGAAAUUACGUAUAACAAUUUUGAAAUAUCAUUCGUGGUAUUUAUGACAAAUAUCACUACAAACCUAUACAAAUUACCCGAAAAUUGACGGGUACAUCAAAGAAAAGUCUCACUUUCUCUAACAUUUCCGAUCCAUUCUUCAUCACCUUAUGCUUCUUUCUUCGUUGUUGCAUUACAAGAAGUUUUAUAACAUAGCUCGCGUGCUUGCCUUAUGUAAGUCCUAUUGAGCCGCUUUGAACAAAAUCUUUAUUUACACACGCCCGUACGCAAAUAAAGAUUUUUUUCAUGAUUAUGUGUUCAGCUGUGUUUUCCAUCUCUUUUCCUAAGUACUGUGAAGUACCCAAAAAUCGACGGCAAUGAUGAAAAACGUUUCUAGGUUUUUUGGAAUUUAGGUUCUAGCCACUCAAACCAAAAAAAAGGUGAAAAAGCGGUGAAGAUGUUUCGCAAAAAAUAGAGCCUGAAUCGUUGGAAAGUCCGCCGUAAAGACUGACAUUCAGCUGGAAAAAGACCACAUAUUGAAUUUGUCUGUGCCGGAAAAAUCCAAUAUGUGUAAAGUAUCCUCCGUUUUUAACGUUUGUUUUCCUGUACAAAACAAGUUAGAAGUAAACUCAAUAGCGAAAAAUUAUGCACUACUUAUGUUACCGACGAACAAUCCGAUAGACUGAAGCAGAAAAAUAUCUCUACGAGACAAAUUACACAAGAAGACAUCAAUUUAUACUCUCAAAAACAACUGCUGCCACGUCUUUUCAAGAAGCUGUUUUAUUAAAAAUGACCAGUCAUCGUUCGUAGAUUAGGAUCAUGACAGCCGUCUUCACUAAAAACAAAUUUCUGGAUAACAUAAGCAUUUUUUUUUAGCGAAUUCAAACCAUACCCCACGACUUCUUACAUGUGAGCGGUAUUUUAACUUUAGGUGGACUUUAAGACUCCUUCACCUUUGUUUCUGCUUAGUUUCCAUCGUUAACAAAUAAAUAAGAAUAUUUUCUUCCUCAGUUUUACAGAAAAAUAUUUUCUUUCAAACUAGACGAUUGUGGCGUGUUUGUAACCAGCCAAUAGAAGGGUUGAUAUUCUUUGUUGCGCGUUACGAGUUAAUAAGAAGGCAAGCAUUUUUGUCAGCUAUGUUACAAAAGAAUUUGCUGCGCCUCGAGCAACUGUUACGUAUCUUCCGUGCUCUUCAAACUUCCCGCGUGCAUCCAUAACUCCAUAAAAGCACGCUAAGCAUGAAGAAAUUCUUAAAUGAAAGGCGAGCAAAGACGGCAGCAAAGACUGCUGGAAAAACGCGAAACACAACAGAUGUCCACGCCAAUUCGAAUCUGCUCGAGAGUAUUUCCAACCACGUUUCCAGGUUUCCCUCUCUUACUACGAGAACGGAUCCUGGUUGCGGCAGAUCACGUGGCACCCAAAAUCUGGGAGCCAAAAACAAGGGAGGGGAGGAAGAGUAAAUAUUGUCGCUAUGAAAAAGGUUACUCUGUCCGGGCCCGAAAGGAGUUUGUCACCUCGUUUAUUAUCAGCUGAUGGCGCGGGUAUUUGAAAUUGUCAACAACACGUCGCCCGAAAAAAUAGCAUUGCAUAAUGUAAAAGAGGGAAGAUUGGCUAAUUACUUGGUAUAUCGUGCACUAGCUGAUAAAUUAACCAAAGCAGAAAAUGCUAUAACAAUCUUUAAACUGCCGUCUGGGUAGUGCUUCAUGCAAACCUGACUUUUGCAUUAUUUUUCCUUUUCAUGAACUGCAUGUGCGGAAUAUGCAAAUUUACGAAAAGCUGAUUAUCGAGAUAGAUUUUUCCGUAUCCUGUUGGCAGGACGGCGAGCAAAUUUGUUUUCAAUACAAACUCUCCAAACAAAUAACCUGUUUUGCCUUCAAAAUAAUGUCAUCGUUACUAGCCGAAAGCAACGCAGAUUGACCACCAAUUUUACUACGCACAUAAAGAACCUGAUCAGGCGGUAAUGGUGAUCAACAAUGAUGGAAGACAAGCGUCGAGAUGGUACAGUGAGAAUUUCCUGCAGGGAAAUCCAAGCAAAUAUCAAGCAAUAAUUAUAUCAAAUAACUCUACUCAGCGUGAUGUCGAAAUUGACACUUUCAUAGUACAGCCAAUGGAUGAACUUCAUCUUUUAGGCGUUUUAAUUGACAUGAACUUGUUGUUUAGUAACCAUAUAUCUACAUCUUGCAAGAAAGCUGGUAUGCAGGUGAGCGUCCUAAUGAGAAUGCGCAACAUGAUUUCGAUGAAAGUGAAAUUAAGAAUACAAGGGGCCGCCAUUUUGCCAUACCUGACAUACUGAAGCCUCAUUUGGCACUUUUGUAGAGGCUCAGACCGGAGAAAGCAUGCAGAUCAUCAUAUGAUGAGUUACUUACGCGUACACGUGGGAUGUCUAGUCUUAACAAUAGGCGCCUGCAGGAUAUCGCAAUCCUCAUGUACAAAGUGAAAUUUAUGUUAACAGCUGCGAAUGUUAUCGAUCUUUUCAGCGGAUCAUUGUCUAGUUAUAACCUACGAAAUUCAGCCUUCUUUAUUCCUAGGUUCAAUACCGUAAAAUACGGCAGACACUCUAUUCGAUACCUAAAAAGGACAGGGACCUAUGCACAUGAUCGACUUUCAAAACAAGCAUUUGGAAGAAAGACCUUUCAAGUCUCAUAGCUGAGAACAGAUGUUCAAAUUGUAACUUGUGUAAUACUUGAGACCCUACUUGUUAAUUUACUUUUAGAUUAAUCAGAUUGUAGACUAUUUUAUUGUUAUUGUUAUUGUUAUUAUUUAUUUAUUUAUUUAUUCAUUUUUAUAUAUAAUAUUUUAACGUUAAUGUAAUUUGUAUAGGCAAUAGCAUGAUUUGUAGUGAUAUUUGGCUUAAAUACCACGCGUGAUAUUUCAAAAUUGUUAUACGUAAUUUCACGAGCCGUUAGGCGAGUGAAAUUUGAGAGAAUUUUGAGACAUUGUUUUUAUCAAAUGUAAUCUUACGCUUAUUAAAUAGAUUUUAUCAACAAGGUGUCCCCGAUUAGUAGGCUACUUGUGGCCAGCUAGAAGAUUUUGACACGUUAAUAAAGUUGUUCAUUUCAUUCAUGCACGCAACUCAGAAACUCAAGCGCAAUUUUGAAGCAAGAAUUUUCUCUUUGCCCCAGAUAGUAUUUCAUCUUCCAGUCGUCAAAAUUUAGUGGAGGACCUACCCCCGCUGCGCAAUUUAUUAACACACAUUUCCACGUGACCAGCUGCAACCAGGGUUCUCUCUCAAAGCAAGAGAGAGAACCCUGGGAAAGAAGGUUGAAAUAUUUCUAACCCGCCAUGCUGUGACGACACGCUAUUGUUUCGCACAUUUCCAAAAUUGCAAAAGCUCUGGACUGCUAAAAAGAUAGCCCAGUGUAACCUUGGAGCCUUUUCUCCCAGAUUAUAUAUUGACACUUAACUUACCAUGAGUGUUAAUACAACAAAAGCAAACUGAUCAUGAGUCGUGCACUGCUCACUAUUAUAAGUGGAAAAUCUCGAAUCGCGAUUUCGUUUUAAAAAUUUGCUACACCCACUAAGGACUACAAAGUUAUCACCUUUACUUAAAUAAUAUUAAGGUUUAAACGUGAAGUUUUAAAUAGUGUAAAAUAAUAUAAUUUACUUUCACCGUUAUCACUUGUAAUAAUAAUAAAUAAGUAUAUAAUAAUGAAACGUUGUUGCCGAAUUGAGUUAGCCUGACGAAUAAGUGAAUAUAAACUUAAAAGAAAAGGUCCUCUGAAUAUAUAAAAAAGUAUUAGAGAAAAAAAAAGAGAGUGGGACUAGAUGAUAUGCACUGUUAUAACGCUAGACAUGUCAUGCUUCUAAUCCGUCUUUUGACUAUGGACAAGUUCUCAGAAAAAAAAAAAGAUCGUUUUUCCUCCGGAUGUUUUAAAAGAGCAGGCAGGGCCAUUUUCAGUCUUUAAGUCAGCCUAUAUCUUUUAUUAUUGCCUAUUUAAUGCUUUAUUUACAAAUUGUUAGCUCCCCACGAGGGAUGAUUGGAUUUUUUCGGUCAAGUAUUAAUAAAGGGAACAUCAGACUGAUUAAACAAAAAAUAAUUCAGUUACCGUAGUUUAUUUUGCUGCAUGGUUAAAAGUGAUGGGUGAAACGAUAUAUCUCAAUUUAAGGUAGGAUGCAUUUAACAACAUCAAUAUAGGACUCAGAAUAGGGUAAAUGAUUCGUUUUAUGAAAAGUAACACCUGUCAAAAAAGAUUGUAGAAUAAUCUGCGUUGUUACUAACGUUUGUUGUCUUCUUUUUUUCUUUCCAACUUUGCCAGUAAGAAAUAGUAAAGAGAGGUCGCCUCCAAUUGAUGAGGCAGGCUGGGACGAGAAACUGUUUUUUUUUUUUUGGUUUGGCUUUUUCAUGACUUUUUCAUUAUGUAUUAGGAUGAAAACACUUGCGCACAAACCUUACAACAGCUGUGGUUUGGGCUCGGUAUGGUGACAGGGGGAUUCAGGCACACGUUUAUUGGUAAGUUAAAUCGCAAUAUACUCAUUUUUCAGUUACAGAUUGAACAGUACGGUUAACGUCAAAAUGUGAUAUCAUGAAAAACAAAACAACAACAAAAUUUCAAAAUAGGUACGCGAGCCUCACGGGGGUGAAUCAAUGAUGUUCUCCUGGCUAAAAAUUAACGUCUUCUGUGAUCUCAACUGAAAUAUGAAGGGUAAAAUGAAGUAAUGGUUUAUUUUACCCCAACGGCUUUACGUUUCGAUAAUUUAUUCCCGUUAAAAUUAUCUUAAUUCGCCGAUGCCAGAAUACUUUUUGUCUCAGAUCCUUCUUUUCUUCAUUUCUUGAAAACAAUUUUAGCUAAUCGAAUUGAUUUUCGAUUCCUUACUUGCUCAAUGCGAUGUCACCGGUAUAAUCUCGUCAAUACUUAUCAGUAGUGUUUCUAUAGUAUUCACAAUAAAUGGUAUGUACGUACAGUAACCGACUGUACUGGCAGUAAUUUCAGUUGGAGCAGAAGAGCACAACGCAAUACAUAGGCACGUUUUACGUGCAUGAGCUUUGAAUCCUUCUGUGUAACAGUAUCGGCAAUCUACUGUUCUGAUCCUAAAUAGGGGCUAUUUUUUGAGUGAAAUUGGUUAUUGCUGCACAUUAAUAAAAACGAGAUUCUCUGCGCAAAGCUGAGUCGAUCCUCUUACUAUAGAUUCACUUCUCUUUGUCUUUCCUCCGGACAUCUGUUGCAAAAUAAACAAAUUGUUAAAGUGCUUUGAAUAUCAACUCACCAAAGGUUGUUUAGAGGGAAGACUCGAAGGUUUCAAGGUUUCUUCAUGGUUUCUUAAAAUAAUUAAUGAAGCUCGUGGAAUACCGAAAAGUUAAAAAAUGUCACGAUUUUCAUCAUUGUUGUAGAUUCUCAGGCCACUUAAUGACUUAAGGCAUGAAUAUCUAAUUAAAUAUGCAUAUUUUGAUGAAAUGCCAUUUAGAACGGUUUACUUCUAUCAAUGAUCCUGAAAAUUGGACCACUAAUGUAGCUUACAUGUAAUUGCCUUAGUAAUAUGAGAUAUUUUAAAAGCUGUAAUUUUUGUCACGUGAUUUAUAUUUGAGAAUUAACGGUCAAAAUAUUUACUCUCAAAUGGGGAAAGGAUAAUGAAAGAGAAACAAGUUUCUUUUAGGUAUAUUCCAGAGGCUAAUAAGGUUCUAAAAAAUUCGCCUUUUAACGUUAUAUAGGAAUCGGUAAAUAAGGGGUCAGGUGACUUAUUAAUUAGUUAAAUAGCUAAUAGGAUAAAUGACAUUUUCAUUCAUACAAGGCGAAUUUACGAUUUACACUGUUUAUGUAACAUUUUGGUCCUGAAAAUUCCUCCGUUUAAGGUUUGAACCCUUCCCUGUGUAGAAAAACGUGUUUUGUGACGUCAUUGACGAAGCAAUGUAACGUGGAAUUUGAAAUCACGUUUUACGUGUUUUUCCUUUGAGCCACUAGUUCACUUUUCAAGAUCAUUGAUGGAAGCAAACCGGUUAAAAUAGCUUUACAAAAUAGGAAUAUUUCAUUAGGUAGUCAUGCCUUUGGUGGCCUGAGUGGUUGCAUCAUCACUCAUUGAGAAGGUUGUGACGUGCGAUUCUACACCUUUUGCCCUCCAUUACCAGGAAAUAAAUUUUCAUUAGCGUCAAAAUAUCAGUCGAUAUAGUGAAUGUGUAAUAAUUGUCAUCAUUGCAGAAAAUAAACAAUCGUUCUAAUUAUUUGUGUGAUCAAUAAAGCAUUUUACGUAUGCAAGAAUAUUCAUCAAUGCCAACUCGGUGAAAAUAACAAUCUUUUAGGAGAAUAACCGAACAUGCAAGAAGCGCGCAUCUUAAUGUUCUUUAACAAGAAUAGAAAUCCAUUAAAAGAAAAUAUAUUGUGUUUUAUAAAAAUCAUCAAGUUUUUGCUCGUUUAUCCUUCAAUGUUUUCGCCGUCAGUUGCAUACAUCGCGUUAUAUAGGUCUGCAUAAGCCUAAACCACGCAGCACAUCGGUUUUCUGGCUAUCUGCUUGCUUAUUUUGUAGACAUAUUGACUAAACAUUGCACGCAUUGCGUGUUUGUUUGUGUAAGGACAGCAGCAAAUUACUUACAUGUACACUGUUCAAGUCUAAUAUUGCAAGGCAAGAUUUCCAAAUAAUUCAACGGAAUAUUGGCAAAAUAAUGUAUCGGUCAAAUCGAAGCUUCAACAUGCCCCCCCGGGCAAGCCCCCGGGCAUUUGACUUUUUUGAAAAUUAUUGUUCAAAUUCCCCCCUACCCGGGCCAAAAUGCCGUUCAAAUGCCCCACA